ACCGUCGUCACUUUGGAGUUUGGCUUCCACUGCCCCUCUUCACAAGAUGACGCAAUGUAGGAGAGAAUGGCUGCUCGCGUCGUGCAUCAUCUCCGUGCUGCUCUUCGCACCAAUCGUCUGCGAAGCAUUGUCCGUUGGCGCAAGUGACGUCUCGCCGCCUGCGCUGACGCCACACUUCAUCAAGCAAGCAGACGAACGGGGAAUACCGCAUGUUCUUGGGGUCGUUCUGCCGGUCGUCUUCCUGGCUUGCGUCCUCGCAUCAAUGACCCUCGUUUUGCUUAUCACCAAGUUCGCCUCCGAGUCAGAAAAUGGAUUCAAUGACCUUCAGUUCUCUGGUUCAUUGGAUGAUCAAGCACGGUUGGUACACUCUCUAAGCAUCACGUUGUCGUUUGUAGAGAUCGUCAGAUCCAUUGGCAUGUUGACAUACAACACUGGGUACCUCAAAGUAUUACUCCUCUUCAUCCUUGCACCAACUAUGGCGUCUUCCACCGGCUGCCCCUCCCCAACCUUCGACGGGGCACUUGAGUUCCCAUUGUUUCACAGGGACCAUUCAUGCGUCCAACAACACCUCGGCAAUACGAGGUCAUCUGGAAACAUCGUUGAGAUGGACCUGCCGCUGCCGAUUGACUUGAUACAGAAUGGUGAUAUAAACAACUUCCUCUUUCUUAUGCCCAUCAAGCUGGGCACUCCACCGGUCUGGAAUCUCGUGGCAGUCGACACUGGAGCAACACUUUCUUUUGUUCAGUGCGAACCAUGCACUCUCCGGUGCCACAAGCAAACGGAUGCCGGGGAAAUAUUUGAUCCUAGCAAGUCGGAGAGUUUCAGCCGUGUUGGGUGCUCGGAAAACAAGUGCCGCACAGUCCAACGGGCGCUACAUCUCCAAUCCAAAGCAUGCAUGGAGAAAGAGGACAGUUGCCUCUACAGUAUGACAUUCGGAGGAACAUCUUCGUAUUCCGUCGGCAAGCUAGUGAGGGACAGGCUCGCAAUCGGGAAGUAUGCCAAGGGAUACAGCUUCCCCGAUUUCCUCUUCGGAUGCAGCUUGGACACAGAGUAUCAUCAAUAUGAGGCUGGCCUAGUCGGAUUCGCUGACGAGCCGUUUUCAUUUUUCGAACAAGUAGCACCGCUGGUCAACUACAAGGCCUUUAGCUACUGCUUUCCAAGCGACAGAAGGAAGACGGGGUACUUGUCCAUUGGGGAUUACACCCGUGUCAACUCCACUUAUACUCCCUUAUUCCUGGCUCGGCAACAAUCAAGGUAUGCACUGAAGCUGGAUGAGGUGUUGGUCAAUGGGAUGGCGUUGGUCACAACCCCCUCAGAAAUGAUUGUAGACUCCGGGUCCAGAUGGACAAUACUGCUGUCGGAUACCUUCACCCAACUUGAUGCAGCAAUCACCGAGGCUAUGCGACCUCUGGGGUAUAAUCGCAACUAUUACAGGGGAUCAGAUUACAUCUGCUUCGAGGACGCCCACUUUCAACAAUUCAGCGAUUGGGCCGCUCUGCCAGUAGUGGAGCUGAAGUUCGACAUGGGUGUCAAAAUGGCUCUGCAACCCCAAAGCUCGUUCCACUUUAAUAACGACUAUGGACUAUGCACUUACUUCAUGAGGGAUGCAAGUCUGGGAAGCGGUGUGCAGCUACUAGGAAACACGAUGACACGGUCUGUUGGCAUCACAUUUGAUAUCCAGGGGGGUCAAUUUGGGUUCCGCAAAGGAGACUGCUGAUUUGGCCCGUCCACAUCCUUGACGGGGCAGGUUGUGUUCCACAGGGAAGGUAGCGUUGGCAGAGCCUGAGCUACGUGGGGUCUGCUGCCACUUGUUGUGUUCCUGCUGCAUACCAGAUUCACAAUAACUGUAUCAACUGAUUAAGGUCUAAUUGAGAAUAUGUGCUGUUAUGUGAUUUAUCAAAAAUGUACUGCUUCACCAUUACUAGUGAAGAAAAAUCUUCAUAAUAAAGGCAUACCUUGUUUUCUCC